AUGAAGCCCACCUCCGUGGUGCUUGCUCUGGCCGCCGCCUUGCCCGGCGCAACGGCUGCUCCCGAGCCCGAGGUUGCUCGCGACUUUAGAAUCUCCAGCAAUGUUCGCCGGUCGCUCCCCAAUGCCCCCGAUGGCUAUGUCCCCUCGUCGGUGGAAUGCCCGUCCAGCCGUCCGACGGUGCGUCUGGCAGAGAAGAUCUCCAAGAAUGAGUCGUCAUGGUUAGAUACGCGCCGUGACAAGGCCACCUCCGCCUUGAGGGAUUUCUUCGGUCACGUUUCGAUCGACAACUUUGACGCUGCCGGGUACAUUGACCGGGUCAAGAGCAACUCGUCCAAUGUGCCCAACAUCGGUAUUGCGGUGUCUGGUGGUGGUUACCGUGCUAUGUUGAACGGUGCCGGUGCUAUCAAGGCGUUUGAUAGCCGGACGGACAACUCUACUGCCUCGGGUCAGUUGGGUGGACUGCUGCAGUCGUCGACCUACUUUGCUGGUCUCAGUGGUGGUGGCUGGUUGGUUGGCUCCAUUUACAUCAACAACUUCACCAGCAUUUCGGAUCUGCAGACGCACAAGGAUGGUGCUGUCUGGCAGCUUGAGAACUCGAUUCUCGAGGGCCCUGACUCCGGUGGUAUCCAACUUUUCGACUCUGUCGGCUACUGGAAAGAUAUCCAUGAUGAAGUCUCGGCCAAGUCGGAUGCUGGCUUCCCGACUUCGAUUACGGACUACUGGGGACGUGCUUUGUCCUACCAGUUUGUCAACGACACCAAAGGAGGCCCAAGCCAGACUUGGUCGUCCAUCGCCUUGACUAAUGACUUCCAGCAAGGUAACAUGCCUUUGCCCAUCCUGGUGGCUGAUGGUCGUAACCCCGGCGAGUUGCUCGUUAGCAGCAACGCAACCGUGUUUGAAAUUAACCCUUGGGAGUUUGGUUCUUUUGACCCCACUGUCUUUGGUUUCGUCCCUACCAAGUACCUGGGCUCUCGUUUCGUGGGCGGAAGCUUGCCUGACAACGAGUCCUGCAUUAGUGGCUUUGACAAUGGCGGUUUCAUCAUGGGUACCUCGUCCAGUUUGUUCAACCAGUUCUUCCUGAAUGUCAACAGCACUGCGUUGCCCGAUUGGCUCAAGAGCAUCUUCACCAACAUCCUUGGUGACAUUGGUGAGGAUUCUGAUGAUAUCGCCGUCUACUCUCCCAACCCCUUCUACGGAUGGCGCAACGGCUCUUCCCCGUACUCCUCCUACAAGGAGCUAGACAUUGUGGAUGGUGGAGAGGAUCUCCAAAACAUCCCUCUGCACCCGCUGAUCCAGCCUGAGCGCCACGUCGAUGUCAUUUUCGCUGUCGACUCCUCCGCUGACACGGACUACUCGUGGCCCAACGGUACUGCUCUGGUUGCAACUUACGAGCGUACCUUGAACUCGACUGGUAUCGCCAACGGCACUGCUUUUCCGGCUGUGCCGGACACCAACACCUUCGUCAACAAGGGCUUCAACCAGCGACCCACAUUCUUCGGCUGCAACGCCACCAACGCUACCAGCAGCUCCGGCGACGUCGCUCCCUUGAUCGUCUACCUCCCCAACGCACCCUACGUCCUCUACUCCAACGUGUCCACCUUCGAGUACCCCUCGUACAACGACACCUACCGUGACCUCCUCAUCCUGAACGGCCAGGAUAUUGUGACGCAGGGUAACAGCACUGUGGACUCAAACUGGUCCACCUGUGUGGGCUGUGCUAUCCUGAGCCGCUCUUUGGAGCGCACCAACACCGAUAUCCCCCAGGUCUGCACCAAGUGCUUCCAGGACUACUGUUGGGAUGGUAGCAUCAACAGCACUGCCCCGGCUCCGUAUGAGCCUACCACCGAGUUCCACCAGAUUAGCGCCGACAAGAGUGCUGCUUCGAUUGCGAUGCCGACGCUGUUCUCGGUUGUGGUAUCUGCUGGUGCUGCGAUGUUUUUGAUGUAG